AUGCGCUCGUUAGGCCAGAACCCUACGGAAGCCCACUUACGCGAGAUGAUCGCCGAGGUUGAUCAAGACGGAUCAGGCACUAUCGAUUUUGAUGAAUUCCUUGCGCUGAUGGCAAGCAAGAUGAAAGACAUCGAUACCGAGCAGGAAGUGCGGGAGGCAUUUGCGGUUUUCGAUAAGAACAAUGACGGCAAAAUCAGCGCUGAUGAGUUACGGGCGGUCAUGCUGAAGCUGGGUGAGCGACUCACAGACGAAGAGAUCGAUGAAAUGAUUCGCGAAGCGGAUGCCGAUGGAGACGGCUAUAUUGACUACCAGGAAUUUUCGAACUUAUUGCAAUGGGAUCAGCACACCUAA